CGCAUUCGAGGACGGGGAUGCAUUGUAUUUUUAAAAAGUCAGAUCAGAGCAAUGGAUGAACAAAGACGCUGCUUCAAGAGUUUCGUCACGUCAUCGCGCAAAAAGGGCCGUUCUGCAGGGAGAGAAGCUACUAUGGAGGACCGAAAACCAACACUUUUGACAAGCAAAAUGCUUCAAUAUGACUGGGCUUCUGCCCCUGGAGGGAUUGGGGGCGGCGCAUUUGGGGUUUGGGCGCGGAUACGAAGUGGCCAACACCCAAUUAGCGAUCCGCUGCCGGGGGCCACGCCUCCGCCAUGUCGGGGAGCGAUUCCUUACCGAGAAUGUCCACUGUGGCCCGGCUCCAUUUUGCAAUCUCUCCAACCAAUAGUGCCCAGCAUCCAUGCGGCGCCAGGGUUUGAUCAAGGCUUUAAAGCGGCCCCAGAGAGCAGGCAAGGAUGCAGCCCACGCUAAAGGUUCGGUUUUUUCCACCUUGACAAAUGAUCAUCCUCAACCUCAGGCAUGGUCGGCUGGUCCGCAGGGAAAGGUUGGUGUUCGAUCAGCGGCAGCUCUCGAUCAGAAAACUGGAUUAAUGGUUUGCUGGCUGCCUUAAUAGAAUACAACUUCGACCUUCCUUAACGACAUAAGAGACACGACCGCGAUCCUUUCCAACGUUUGCCCGGCGAUCGAAGUUGGUCCAGACCUGGGAGCUAUCUCUCUCUUGCUCUCUCCACGGUCGACAUGGACGCGGACACCCGACCAUAUAACUUCACAUGGAGAGCGAUUUUCGGAUCGAAGCGAGCGCGCGUUGUCCUUCUCCUCUUGACUCUCAUCCUCUGUGUCUCGCUUUUAUUACCAUACGCCCCAUCACGCUCAUUGCCUCACUUUCCAAAGCUCCCGAAACCCGAAGAUCCACCCCCCAAGAAUGAUGAUCAGGUGGAUUGGUCACAGUUUGCGUAUUCGCAAUAUGCGACGAAUCCAGACUACCUCUGCAAUUCUGUGAUGAUUUUUACUACGUUGAAGCGUCUUGGUGUGAAGGCAGAUAGGAUCUUACUGUAUCCUCAAGAGUGGCCGGAUAAUGAUCCUGCCGACCCUAAGUCCGGGUUGCUGAUAAAGGCGAGAGAUGAGCUGGGUGUAAAGCUGAGGCCAAUAUCGGUGCUUCAGGAAUCGGCAGAUCCAACCUGGGGUGCCAGUUUUACGAAGUUGCUCGCAUUCAACCAAACCGAUUACCGGCGGGUGUUGAAUAUUGAUUCUGACUCUACAAUUUUCCAGUCCAUGGAUGAGCUAUUCCUCUUCCCUUCUGCGAAAGUAGCCUUGACACGAGCUUACUGGCUCGAUAAUUUCCUUUCAUCCCAACUCAUCCUCCUAGAACCCUCCGCAACCGAAUUCGCGCGCAUUCAAGAAUCGAUCAAGAACAAGAAGCCCAACGACUUCGAUAUGGAAAUCGUCAAUUAUCUGUACAAAGACCAUUGUAUGAUCCUACCGCAUCGACCGUACAACUUGCUCACUGGGGAGUUCCGUGGCGACAAACAUGCAGCCUACCUAGGCUCCGAAGAAGAGGUUUUUGACCCUGAGAAAAUUCUCAAAGAGACGAAGCUGGUCCACUUUUCGGACUGGCCGUACCCGAAGCCCUGGAUUAACGCCAGUAAACGCGAAACAGAGCGGCUUAUGCCGGAAUGCAAGACUUCUGAGCAGGGUGGGGAGCAAGAUUGUCGCAAUCAAAAGACCUGGCUAUGGUUGUAUUCCGAUUUCAAGGAAAGGAGAAAGAACGUCUGCGGUUCUGACUUUUAAUGCGUUGCAAUGGACUUACGUUAUGGAAAGAGUUAUAUAUCGGCGAAUGCGUUCAGGGACUCUUGUGCUACAUUCCCCUGUAUAUGUAUAAUCUUCGACUGUUAUUUUGG